AUGAGUCGUUCGGAUAGAUUCUUCUCUGCGACUAUUGAUGAAGAUGUUUCGGCUAGACCGCAGUUCACCUCGAAUCUCUACGAAGCGACUCCCGAUGAGAAAGAGGAGAUCAAGCAGGCGUUGGUGUUUUUGGAACUCUUGUCGCGAAGAGGCAUGGAUGGGAUCCCCGAGUGCGACCUCGAGGAAUUACGAGUCGUGGAUGAGGAAACCCAUGGCGCAGAGAUGCUCGAACUGGGAAAUGGGCUGACUUGCCGGGUCGUGCAGCAUGUUACCGAACCUACAUUAUCCCAUAUCAUACCGUCCGGGACAAUUGUUGCAGUCAAAGUCCCCUUGGUAAAGGCUGAGAGUAGAGAGCAAGACGACAGCGGCGAGGAUAGACCUCUUGUCAUGAAGCGAGCUGGCCCUAUUCUCCAGGAAAUCAAAAUGUUGCGCCACCCGGCGAUCAAGAACCACCCAAACAUCGCCAAGCUUUGCUUCGUGGGAUGGGCAAAAGACAGUCCGCUUCCCAUGCUAGCCAUCCAGAUUGGGCUCCAUGGGACACUCGACUAUCUUAUUAAAAAAGGAGGACCCUCGCUGCCAAUGAUGCAAAAGAAACAUAUAACCAUUGAUGUCGCCUCUGGGCUUCAUGCCGUACACGAAGCUGGCUUUCUCUAUGGGGACCUCAAGCCGGCAAAUAUCAUUAUCUCUACAUAUUCAGACCCUCAUCGUCAGGUGGUUGCCAAGCUCAUCGACUUUGGUGGUGCAGUGGAUGCCUCGGAGAGCGGAGGAAAGCCGCUCUAUUUCACGCCUUUGUGGUGUGCCCCCGAGGUUUCUUUAGGUCGCGACAGGACUGAAAUAGACUGGGAAAGGGCAGACGUGUACUCAUUCGGGCUUAUCGCCGCAAGCAUUUGGGCUCGCACCGAGAGCCUGAGCGAAUGGUGCAGCUCGAACCUGCUUCUUGCAAUGGCUCCACAGGAGCCAGGCAAGGACGCAGUAGAGCCUGUUCAGAAGUUGAAGAGGGAGGAUAAAGUCCUUGGUUGCUUGAUGAAUCUACUUCAGACCUCGUACAAAGACUCGGCAGACUACUCUGACUUUAUUAAAGCUUUCCAAGCCUCCCUAUCCGCUUCUCCUUCCAAGCGUCCUAGCUCUAGGCAGCUCUACAGCAACAUGUCAUCAUUGAGAAGUGCAAUAGCAGGUAACGAGGAGUAUUUGACUAAUGAGGACUUGAGAGCGCCCGACAACGAGGAUACCGCGUUAGACUAUGACCUUCUCCCAAACCUGUCCCGGAACCGACGGCGACAUGAACAUCAAUGGGUUGAGGGUCUAACUCAUCGAACAACGAUCAAGCAGCAAGCCGAUAUUCCUGCUGAGCUGCGAGACGAGAUGACCUCUGACGAAUUCUUAGAACAGUUGUUAUCAUUUAUCCAGCAAUUCGUACUUGCGGGAUGGAACAUCGACAGCGGGAGCUUGGUCUCGCAAUCUGCCUUUGCCGCGGCUAUGGAAUAUUUUGAUCUUGGUCGCAACCGAGAGAAAGGCAUUGAAUUGCUUCGCCUGUCGGCCGUCAAUGGUCUCAAAAGAGCAAUUUCCAUUGUCUGCCCAAUGAGUAUUGGCUCGCGUUUGGAAACUGAAUUUCCAAUGCGACUCUUUCUUUGUUCUCUAGCGCUCGCAUACUCAACUUGGGCAACGCAAUUGCUGUCUAUCCACUGGCCUUCACACUUUAGAAUGGUGCGGCGCAUUCUAGGGGAAAGACGUAUACCGUACAAAGAAGUCAUUAAUCAGUUUGAUUCCCAUGAUGAUCAUUUCCUGGGUCUCACAAUUGGUUCGUACUUGGAUCGGUCGCCAUCUCAGAGCCUCGUUGCUGUCCCGCCCAGUCUUCAUGAGGCCAUCUUUCAUGGAAUGGUUGACGAAGUGAAAAUGAUUCUAGAAGGAGAAAUCAAAACGGCAGAUUUCAAUGACCUCAUCUCGCGUCUUCUACACGAUCUAUCUUAUUUGACGGAUGAAGAAGCUGCAGGGCUUGCUCGACUCGCGUAUCUCAAGGGGGCGAAGCUGACUCUUAUGGCAACCGCAUUAUCCCCAAUCCUCGACAACGGCCAGAAGAAGAUACCAAUAAACAACAACUUUGAUGAUCUUGGAUCACGAGUCCCGCAACUUCUGUCGCCCUUGUCAGCAGCCAUCAGGCGCGGAAGAACGGCACUAGCCCUUGAGAUCAUGUCUCUUCACCUUGAGUUUGACAUUCCCAUAGCUGAUUUCGCAUCGGCGUUGACCCUAAGCUUCUUGUAUCUCCAUUCCGAGGUUUGCCAGAUACUCUUGGGGCUCUAUGAUGACAAUCCUGACUUGUGCCAAGGUUUACCCCAAGACAGCGGUGCGGCGAUGGCGGUUGAUCUUUCAGCCCUUUUGAAAGAUCUUAUUCUCAUAGACCGUGAGAUACUCAUAGAAAGAAACUUUUUACACGGAAAAGAUUACAAUUCAUCCUACAAAAAUACUUUGAGCUGUCUACUUGAAAUGGGAGCAAACCCACUACAGGGCGCCGCUGACAUUACGGGAGGCAACGCUCUAUUUAAGGCGGUCGUGGGCGAUAAUGCAAUCACCCUGGCAUUAUUCAUCGAGCAUUUUGAGGAUAGAGGACUCUCUGUACUCGCCGCUAUGCGCGACCGCAACUCUGAAGGGAUCUAUUCCGAACCCUCCAUAGCGGAACUUUGUGUUCUUCUGGAGUCUACAGAGUGCUUGAGGGUUUUGGUUGAAAAGCACGGUGACUCGCCAAGUUUCAGAAACAGGGGCAGUGGUAACUGGACUCUUCUUCAUCUUGCUUGUUGGACGCACCGAAGCACAGAAUGUGCUCGCUUGCUACUGCGCAAUGGCUCAAACAUAAUGGCGAGAAAUAGCAGCGGCCACACACCACUGGCCCUUGCGCUUCAGCAACACCACCUGGAAACGGCCGACCUGAUCGCAGACACGUGCACCCAGGACCAGCUUGAGACACUCGUUAGUAGCGACCCCUACAGCGGGCAAUCCAUCUUCUCCGACUUGGUGGCUGACUGGCUGCGCCAUCGCGGCCCAGGACAUAUAAAGAGUCUUGAGUGGCUCAGGGGCCACGGAGGCGAGCAUUUCUACGGCGCACAGGGUACACCGGUCUGGCUGGCCAUAUACGGGCUGACACGGCCUCUGAGCCUUUCUGACCAGAUGUGGGAUAGGGCCCUUCUGUCGUUCCUCCUUGAAAGCGAAAUUUUCGCUUCUCGAGUUGAUACAGACUUCAUCAGGGGUAGGAGUCUGUUGCACUUUAUGGUUGGCAACGGCCACAUCGAAUCAGUCAAGCUGCUGCGGGAACGGAAUUUUGACAUGGCGGUUUCCGCUACACCCGACGGGGCGGACGAUGAUUUGAAGAUGGGCUUUCGGUUCGUACCAAAAGUGACGGCACUUGAUUUCGUUGAAGCUGGCCUGUCUUUGAUACAUUCCAGUGAAUCCCCGUAUGGCUCAUCCCACUUCCCAGGUUCGAUAUCUCAGGGUGGUCCCAUCCAUCGUGAGAAAUGGGUUCAAGACCUUGAAGGAAUUCAGAACCUCCUUCUCGAUGCGGGAUGCGAGAGAACUGAAAUGCCGGAAGAGAUGAAUCUAUCGCAUGACGAGUACCAGUCCUUAUUGGAGACAGUACAGCCAUUCUCGGAUGGAGAAAUACCAUUCGCUGGGGUGAAAGGCUUGGGAGGCACCGUGCGUUGGCCGAUACCAAUCUCAAAGAGCCAGCAGUCGGAUCCACCCAAGACAACCUGGGCUUUGCCUAGAAUCAAGCACGUGGGGACAAAGGAAGACAUGGAUACGAUGAGAGACGAUCAUAGGGUUUGGGCGAGCGUAGACGGGCUGCCACCCGGCUGGCGAUGUAUUGCGGCUGCGAGAGUCGGGCCUUGGGCCAACGACUGUCCCGCUACUCCAUUGUUUGAACACAUUAAGACAGGGUUGCUCAGCAUUAAAAAACCUGGGACUUUUGCGCCUUUUCGCCCAACUGCUAGUACUGGCGGCAUCGCGGUCCCAGACGAGGAGGUUGACCUAUACUCUGCUACACCUAGGCUCGGACCAACUCCAGGCCCUGGAGAGCCAGAUGAGGAUGCUGCGCCUGAUUCUGGCUGUCAAGUGUUGCCAGCCAGAGCUGCCAAUAGCCAGAAGGAAGUCGAGGAUUGCCAUUCUACAUCGGCAAAAGAUGAACAAGAAAGAAAUGCAGUCCAGAAUUUCGCCAUUACUGAAAGUCUAAAGCCUUCUCCAGACCAUGGUCCGUCUCUGGCAUGCUUGCCAGAUCUACCAGAUCCAAAGAGCGGAGACUCCUAUGGAAACACGGUCAUCCAUGUGGCUGUAGCUGCUAAUUAUAUACGCGGACUGGAGGAGCUCCUACAGUUGAAGGAAUACGUGGACAUCAUCGACUACAAGAACGACUCGGGCGGGACGCCCUUGGAAUUUGCAGUCUGUCACAAAUAUUUCGAGUCAGCUGCUCUACUGCUCAGGCACGGUGCUAAGCCUAGAGGUAUCCUUGGAGAUUCGACACCGCUUCUACACUACGCCAUCUGCAACGGGGAUGAGAAGAUGGCGAGUGUCUUGAUCCGAGGCGGCGCAGACAUCAACGAAAAGGACCAGAAUGGAAGCUGCCCUCUGCUUGCCUGUUUCCAGUCUGGCCAGUACAAGAUGUUCCAGGCUUUUGCCGACCACCACAUUGAUCUGAACAAGGAGAUACUCGAUGGGGUGACAAUCAUGGAUCUGGCCUAUGGCAUGGGCGAUGAAAAUUGUCUCCGCCAGAUACUGCGUGUUGGCGCCGACCCUGAUGCUCGGUGCACAGCCCGCGGCAGCAAAACUCUUCUUCAUAUCGCAGCCGAGGAGGGGAAUAUAUGGGCGGCCGAGAUAUUGUUGCAACAUGGGGCGGAUCCCAACGUCGAGGACCGGGAAAUGCUAUGUCCCGUCGUCUCGGCAAUAUCUCAGGAGAAUGAUGAGAUGACGGAGCUGUUGUUAUCUAGUGGCGCGGAUGCGCUCCGAGUACUGAAGUAUCAGUUCUUCAAAAGGAAAUUUGACGGCGAAGUUCUUGUUGUUUAUGAUCCGUCCAAGGAUAGAGAGAAAGUCCUGGCCGUAGUACUCGGGAUGGAGGAAAAUGGUAAAGGUGAAUAUGAUCCUUGGGAGGAAUGGGAACCUACACAGAUAAUGGUUGGGGUCGUAGAUGCAGAAUAG